AUGCUCCCACCUGGCUUGACGCCCAACAUUUCGCGACUCAACAGCCCAUCGCAGAGUCGUAUGGACAGUCCCUCUCGUCUUUUGAGUCCUGAACUCACAGUGGGUGGACCUUUGACAUCAAGCCGCGUGAAGGACGCUUCUCAAAUAUCUUUCGGAUCACCUGUACAAAAGUCCGCCACUAAGGCUCGUAACCAACGCAAAAGCCAGUUCAAUAUUGGAUCUGAUUUCAAAGAUUCGCCUGCAAAGAUUGCAUACCAGUUGCAGGCGAGUUCUGCCACUACGAAAGGCACCCCGCUCGACUUUGGCGCCCCACUACCCACGUCCAUCAAGACUGAGCAGGCACGACCUCCUAGCUCUGUUUCCGUCAUCGGGUCGCGGCCCGACACGCCGCAAACCAUCGCAUCUCGCCUAUCUGACUCCCCUGCCCCUCGUCAGCCUCGUAUUCUGCGUGUGGUAGAAACCCCGAAGACAGAAACUCCUCCUAUUCUCACCGCACCAUCUGUGUCCGCUUCUGUUGUUGGUGGAACCAGGUCCCGCUCUAGGAGACAGAGCAUCUCGUCAACCAGCAUCCCCGGAACUCCUGCUGAUAUGGGUUGGGACGCUGAUUACUAUCCUUCCACUUCUGCUUCUCGUGCGAAUUCUCCUCCUGCCUCUUCUCGUAUCGGCUCCGCUCCCGUUCGCGCCAUGACCAAGAGCCAGGUUAAGAAGGAACGGAAACAAAAGGCAAAAGAGGCUGAGGCUAAGAAGGUAGAAACCGCGCUUGUGAAUGAGGAGCCUGUUCAAGCACCUAUCAUGGGGCGAAAGCGCAAGACCAAGAAAGCCCCCACGGCCGCCACUGUCAGCACAGCUGAUGCACCCGCUGCCAGUGGCCCGGAAAAGUCGAGCCCUCUAAAACCAGUGAACGUUCCUUCAGUCAAGGCUGAACCCAAGGUGGAUACAGCAAAGAAAGUGAAAGCCAAAGAGACCAAGCCCGUCAGAGAGCCUACCCCACCCCCUGUCGAAGAGCUUCCUGUUCAGAAGGAAGCCCCCGUAGAGCCAUGGCGUUCAAACAAUACAGUUGGACGGUUGGUCAAGGACUCCGAGGCCCUUGGAAGGGCAAUCAAGGAUCUUUUCAUGGAACGAACGAAGCCUCUUCACGAGUUGCUCGCUGAGAUGCAUAAGUCCGGCGAACUUGAUCUCAAUAAGAGCUCCCUCUUCAACCCUAGCAACCUCAGCCAGCGCACCGACAUGAAGUGCACUGCGGAGGACUACGAUUAUCUCCAGUGUCCCAACGAAUUGACUGAGGAGGAUCGGAAAACUCUACUUCGUGGAGAGCCCGUUCGAAUUGGCGAUGAUUUCCUCAAAACUCGAUGCCUUAUCACACCCCGCGGCUGCGUCCUACGCCACCUCGAACCAGAAGAGGAGGAACGAUACCUAGAGCUUGAGAAGAACAUGACUGGUGUCUCAGAUGCUUUCAUGAUUGGGGACGACGCAAGCAAUCCCAGCGGGGGCCUGGAAGCACUCUUCGCGAACCCGGAGAAGUUCAACAUCUGCUGGGUCGACGACAUGCCCACUCGCCUAGGUGCCACGUCCCCGUCAUCUUCUCUUGAGGCGGCGGAAUCCGUGAUUCCGCCUAAUGUCCUCUCGGCCAUGGAAGCAGACAGCACCCGCAACCAUGACUGGGCUGUCGCCAACUCGGCAGAAUUUCUCAACACCACCCCUGCUGCCGUGCGCUCCUUCGCCGCAGUCACCGCGCAGCACAUGCUGGGCAAUCCGGGCAUGGUUGGCACCAACCCCACUCUCGACGACGUUGCUGGUUUGACCAACGAGGAACUGAAGGAGCUCUCUGGUCGUUCUCAAAAGGACCUCGAGCUCACCCGGAAAGAAAUGGAUUCGCUCGACAAGAAGUUCGCAGCUCUGCUUCGACGCAACAAGAAGCUUCAGCAGCAGGCAUUGAAUCUUGCUGCUGGGCCGGAAGUGUAA